AUGGAUUGGAUCAUUCACCUUGAUACUAAUGAGUUGAUUCACCUAGCUGGUGCCCGAGAGUACGCCCUGAGGCGAUUGCUUUUAGAUGUUCCUGACAAUGUUGACAUGGUUAUCUUCCCCAAUUAUGAGAGCAGCAUUGAGCAUGAUGACAUUAAGGAUCCUUUCACUGAGCUUGCAUCAUUUAUACAGAAGGGGUGA